GUAAUUGGGGUACCGGAUGAGCGCCUAUCUGAAGAAAUUUGUAUUUGCUUAAGGACAAAGAAGAACGCCAUCAUUAACAAAAACCAGAUUGUCUCUUACCUAACUGGAAAGGUGAGACUCGAAGAAAGUAUACCUGGCUAUGUGUUGAUUUUUGACAGUUUCCCGAAAUCGAUUACUGGAAAGAUUGACCGUAUGAGUCUCACAAAACAGACCAUAGACCGAAUUCAAAGUAAGGUACAAUUAACAGAGUAACAAUAUUGUCAGAACACCGACUCCAGGGAGCUGCGGUCUAUGAAGUUAUAAUAACAUUCGCCGAUAUUGAUGUCAACACAACGUUGGAAAAACCUUCGCAACGUUAUUUUUUAAGAUAUAAAAAUUAUAAAAUUACAUAUAAAGCUUAGAUAUUACAUUAUAAAUACUGUAACGAAAUUUGGGAUUUUCCCCGGGGCCACCAAGGUAAUUGGGAAUGGAACCCACAUAGGAAGUGGAUCAGCCCAAACUUUAAUCUAACCAAUUAUAUUGACCCUCCAAUGCCCUUUUGUUUUGGGCAAUAUGUGCAAAUUAACUACUUAAGUUGUGUACAGUUUGGGAUUCAAGUAGACUUGCCACAAGUCCCUUAUUAUUUUUUGUUUUUUAUUCUGGACAGCACCCCAUCAACGUGAAAGUUAAUUUAGAGACGGAGACGGGAAUUGUAAAACACCGAAUGUAGGUACCAGGAUGUUAAAAGAAUGUGGUAAUCUUAAUAUUCCAUAUUUGAAUAAAUGGGCGGACCGAAACAAACAAUUUUAACCAAUCACAAUGUUCACAUUUUUGCGGAACCACCAAACUGAGUCACUCGCGGCGACUAGUUAGGUUAAAAACUAGUACUUCCUAAUAAAACGGGCCUAAAAUAUUUAGAAUAGGCCUUAGUAAAACUAGUGGGCAAUGGCAAAAAGAAUUAAGUUUAUUAUGUUUAUUAUGUAGAAUGUUCAUUUGUACUUUGCUUCCUCAGAAAACAUUGUUAACCGACCGCGCCAUCUAUGCCACGUGUCAUGUUAAUAUUAAUCUAAAGUCCUAGCUGAAACCCCUGUUUUGUUUUUUUUUGGUGUAUGGGGAACCCUGGGUCCAACUUAAAAGAGGGCC